UACACUGUCAGAGCACCUCCAUCACACACGUUUAAAAUGCACAGGACGUAUUGAUCACAUUGAUUAUUGAUAUGAAACAGUACAGCAGUUAGAGCCUCACGCACAUCAAGCUCUGAUGGAGUCUCAACCUGAGGGUCAUCUGACUGUUUGUUUGUCCUUCUUAAUGUGUUCACCUGUUUGGGUCUGUGGAAAUCCCUCACAGCAAUGAACAUCCCUCACCUGAUUGAAAAUCAUAUCUGACGUAAAAAUCACUCACGUGUCCUCGCUGAGGUCACAACCCCAAACUCUUUCUUCUUCUUCUUUGUUAUAAGUAAAAGGCUUUCUUGAAUUCUUCAUGUUUUUUUGUUUUACUGCUCUGAUGUUGUGUGUGCUUGUGUUAUGCUGUUAUGUGUCUUGUAGCAUUAAUUUAAUUGGUUUUGGUGUUGUGCAUUUGCACCACACUUUACUUAAUGCUACCUGUGAUGUAUUUUAUUCUUCUAGUACAAGCUCCAUGUAACCUUGUCAAGAUGAAUAAAGUUUAUUAUUAUUAAGUCCACUGAGACAAACCCUGAAACACACGCAGGCAUAUUAGGAGGGUGCAACAAACCCAGUAAUUAAUGUUAAUUCAUAAUCGUGAUGUUCGCUGACAAAGGCUCCUGAUAAGUGGGCUCAGUCAGCUUACAAAUAAGUUAACGAAGUCCAUGUUUGUGCACACAAAAGAAAACCUCCGCUGGGAUCCGCUGGAUGGGAUUGUGGAAUAAAUUUAAAACUCCUAAAUGUCUAGUUUCCCCUUUUUUGAUCUCUCAUUGCUUUUUCACUAUGAGUUGAACCAUUUAAAAAAUCCUAAGUUUGUAAAAGAAAACCAGUGAUACAUCACUGGGGUCUGCUAGAACAUGUCAAGUUUCCUCCUUGGCUGCAAAUAACUUACAUGAGGAGAAUAUGGAAGCAAUUUAUAGGUUAUCUCAGGCCAGAAUAUAUUUAAAGAAAAAAAAGGGCGACUUCAAGCUUUGGAAAACCUCCAGCUCUGUACUGAAGGGUUAAAACAAUCUGAAAGCUCUUAUGUAACCUCACGGAGAAGUAUGAGCACUCUCAGGCAAUGAAUCUGCUUAAAAUUACCCUGUGUGUGCACAGUAUCACAUGGCAUCGUGAGUUUCUCUGUGCGGAGGGUGAGUCAUUCAUUCAGACAGCACACCCAUUACAGUGGGAGAGAGAGACAGAGAGACAGAGAGAGAGACAACCACCUACCAAGUGCCAAACUGGAGGCCAACCUCCCUCCUCUCCUCCCAUCUCAUUCUUUCCUAUAUGGGCACACUCAGAUGGGUUUGCAGACAGUGCAGUAACAGGCUGAACAGUGUGGGAGACCAGAGUGGGACGCUUUGAUCGCAACACAGUCAAGAACAUCAACAGAGACGUCUACGAACAUCCCCGGAGCAGAGUUUUCUCUUCCUCUCACCCAGCUUUGAAAAGAUGGCGACGCCCAAAAACACUCCUCGAGGUCCGAACACACCUCUGUCUGCCAACCGCAUCACCCGACUCCAGGAGAAGGAGGACCUGUCCAACCUCAACGACCGGCUUGCCGUCUACAUCGACAAGGUGCGCUUCCUGGAAGCCGAGAACGCCGGCCUGCGACUGCGCAUCACCGAGUCAGAGACCGAGGUCAGCCGGGAGCUGACGGGCCUGAAGGCGGCCUACGAGACCGAGUUGGCCGAUGCCCGCCAGACUCUGGACUCUGUGGCCAAAGAGCGAGCUCGUCUGCAGCUGGAGCUGGGCAAGCUGCGAGAGGACUACAAGGAGCUGAAAGCAAGGAACACCAAAAAGGAGUCGGACUUGACAGGAGCUUUGCAGAGGCUCAAAGACCUGGAGGCUCUGCUGAACUCCAAGGAUGCGUCCUUGACUACGGCUCUGGGAGAGAAGCGUAACCUCGAAGUGGAAAACAGGGAUCUGAAGACGCAGGUUGCCAAGCUUGAGGCCAGUUUGGGUGAUGCCAGGAAGCAGCUGCAGGAUGAGAUGCUGAGGAGGGUGGACGGAGAGAAUCGCAUCCAGACCCUCAAAGAGGAGCUGGAGUUUCAGAAGAACCUCCACUCUGAGGAGCUGCGGGAGAUAAAGCGCCGCCAUGAGUCCCGUAUGGUGGAGUUGGACAACGGCCACCAGCAGGAAUUUGAAAGCAAGCUGGCGGAGGCGCUGAUGGAGAUGCGUAACCAGCAUGAACUGCAGAUCAAAAUGUACAAGGAUGAAAUUGAGAAGACCUACAAUACCAAGCUGGAAAGUGCUCGUCAGUCAGCGGACAGGAGCAGCCACCUGGUUGGAGCGGCACACGAGGAGCUCCAGCAGACACGAGUCCGCCUGGAGUCCAUGUCUGCUCAGCUCAGUCAGCUGCAGAAACAGCUGGCGGCCCGCGAAGCGAAGGUGAGGGACCUGGAGGACGCCCUGUCUCGGGAGCGGGACACGACGCGUCGCCUGCUGGGAGAGAAAGACCGAGAAAUGGCUGAGAUGAGGCAGCAAAUGCAACAGCAGCUGGAUGAGUACCAGGAGCUCCUGGAUGUCAAGCUGGCUCUCGAUAUGGAGAUUUGUGCUUACAGGAAGCUGCUGGAGGGAGAGGAGCAGAGGCUGCGUCUGUCCCCCAGCCCCCCGCCCGCCAAAGUGACAGGAAGUCGUUCCUCUGCCGCUGCAGUCCACUCUCGAUCGCUCCACCACAGCGCUCGGAGCUCUCCCGCCAAGAGACGCCGCCCCAACGACACCGACAGCGAGGCUUCGAGCUUUGCGGGUGGAGCUGUGGCCCGCACUCGCAUCACCCAGCAGGCCUCAGCCAGCGGGCGGGUCACCGUGGACGAGGUGGAUCUGGACGGGAAAUAUGUCAGACUCAGCAACAAAUCAGAUGAGGAUCAAAACUUGGGGAACUGGCAGGUGAAGCGCCAGGUGGGAUCCGGUGCUCCCAUCAUCUUCAAGUUCCCGGUGAAAUUCACCUUAAAGGCCGGCCAGAGGGUCACGAUCUGGGCCUCUGGUGCUGGUGGAGCCCACAAUCCUCCCUCUGACCUGGUGUGGAAGACUCAGGCCUCCUGGGGCACCGGAGACCUGCUGCACACCAGCCUGAUCAGCGCCAAUGGAGAGGAAAUGGCAAUGAGGAAGGUCACCCGCACUCAUCUUGAAGAUGAUGAUGAUGACAUGCAGGUGGCUCACAGCACCUGCGGGGACAGCGAGUACAACCUGCGGAGCCGGACGGUGGUCUGCGGCUCCUGUGGACUCCCUUCAGACAAGUCCAGCAACUGCUCGGUGACCUCGGCUUCCCGCUCAUUUCGCAGCGGAGGCCUCUCCGAGGGUUUACUGCCGCACUCCUACGUGUUCAGCACCAGCACUCCUCGCAAGGCUGGAUACAGAAUGGAGAGCUGUCCAAUCAUGUGAGCCCCUGGAGCCACAUUGAAACACUUCAGCUUCUCAAUUAGUUUUCAGUUAUUAGCUCUUUAGUUACCAGCAGUAGUUACUAUGUUUGUUUCAUGUACUAAAGAAUCAUUUUCAAGAUACUGUAUGCAAUAAAACUUUAUACUGUUUUUUAUAAUGUACAUAAGCAUGCUUUUGAAUUAUUUUCUUCAGUUUAAAUACUGAUUAAAGAAGGCAUUUCUUUUUGUAUUGGUGAAAUUAAUAUGAUCCUACCAGCUACUUCAACAGCUUGAAACAACUGUUUGGGAUAAUUUAUUCUAAGAAGUGAAUGAUGUCCACAGCUACUGUUGCUGGUUGAUAAAAUCAUGCUUUCAUUUGCUAUUCACAUUACAGUUAAAUCAGAUUUACAUGCCAAUCUGUAAGUGAGCUGAUGCCGCAGGGAUGCAGUACAUUAAUUUGUGUUCACAAAAAACACAUUUUUUUUUAACAGAAUUUGCUUCUGGAGUUGCAGUAAAUUGACCCCAGCCUUGCUACAGAUCUGAAGAAUUUUGUGUAUUUUUUACUGAUAUAAUAAACAUUUUUUAAUAAUUCUGCCA